AUGUCAAGUCAAUUUUCUCAUGUUAUAUUUUCUUGGACAACAAUCCAACUUAGCGUUAUUAUGUUAAUUCUCCCAAUGAUUAUUAAUUUUUUGUCACCGACAAAUGCUGUUGAAGAGUGGGCAGAUGUUUUUCUACUCGUCACAGCCUGCAUUUUCAUUGGAACAACGUUUUUCAAUUAUGUAAUUGAAGUUGAGCCUAGAGAAUGGACUAAAACAGAAAUACAAAGUCCCAAAUUAAGUACAACAACAGUUCCUGGAACGACUAUAAGUGCUGAAGAAGGGAAAAAGUUGGGAUUGGAUGUUUUACAAAUUAGUUGA